UACUUGGUCACACCCUGUUGUUCAGGGAGACGUCUUGCACUUAACUUCAAAAUUGUUAUUCGCCUCCCAGCAUGCCGAUCGUGGGAGAUGGCUUCCGAGGCAAGCGCUCUUGAAGAACUGCACAGCGAGCUAACUUGUCCCGUGUGUCUGGAACUCUUCCGCGAGCCGGUGAUACUUGAGUGCGGGCACCACUUUUGCCGUCAGUGUAUAAGCCAGUGCUGGGACGCCAAGCCCGAGGAAAGCCCCUCUUGUCCGCAGUGUCGGAAGACAUGCACCGCGAAACUCCGUCCAAACUCUCUGCUCUGCAACGUCGUUGACAGCGUGAGGCGGGCAAGGGAGAUGGACACGCACUCCCUGUCCCGGGAGAGGACGCAGAAGGCACCGGCGAGCGCCAGCGGCCCCGAGCCCAGCCCGGAGCGGGACCACUGCGAGGAGCACGAGGAGAAGCUGAAGCUCUUCUGCGAGGACGACCAGGUCGCGAUCUGCCUGGUGUGCGGCAUGUCGAGGGACCACAAGACGCACAGCGUCAUCCCGAUCAACGAAGCCUUCGACAACUACAAGGAGAAGCUCUCCGCUGCGUUACAGAAGGUGCAGCUGCAGAUGGAGGAGGCCUCUCGGUCACAGGCCCAGACCAACCAGAAAAUGAUGGAAAUAAAGGAGCAGGCGGGAGCCCUGGAGGAGCAGAUCGGCUGGGAGUUCCGGCAGCUGCGGGAGUUCCUGGAGCAGGAGGAGCAGGAGGUGAAGAACCGUCUGCGCAGGGAGAAGGAGGAGAGGCUGAGGAUGCUGGACGAGUCCCUGCAGCGCACCGCCGAGCAGGUCAGCCAGCUGGAGCUCGCCGCCGAGCAGCUGCGCGCCAAGCUGAGGGAGGAGGAGAACCCCGCCCAGCUGCGGGGAAUAAAGAGUUUCAUCAGUGGUGCAGAGGCGUUGUUCCAGCGCCCCCCGGAGGUCUCCACGGACCUGCAGCCGGGCCAGUUUGUGGGGCCUCUGCAGUACAAGGUGUGGAGGAAGAUGGGCAGCAUCCUGCAGCCAGCUGUCGCCCCACUGACCCUUGACCCCAACACGGCUUACCCGCGCCUGACGGUGUCGCCCUGCCAGACCAGCGUGAGGGUGGGCGAGAUCCAGCCCAACCUGCCCGACAACCCCGAGCGCUUCACCCGCUACAACAUCGUGCUGGGCUCCCAGGGCUUCUCCUCGGGAAGGCACUAUUGGGAGGUGGAGGUGGGGGAGAAGACGGCCUGGGGCUUGGGUCUGGCCACUGAGUCCGUCAACAGGAAGGAGGAGAUCAGCCUGUGCCCCGAGGACGGCUUCUGGACGCUGGUGCUGCGCAACGGGGAUGAGUACGAGGCCUGCACGGACUCGGAGCACCCGCUCAGCCUGACCCGCAAGCCGCGCCGCGUCGGCGUCUACCUGGACUACCCCCACGGCCAGGUGGCCUUCUAUGACGCCGGGGACAUGACCCACCUCUUCACCUUCUCCGACACCUUCACCGAGAGGGUGUACCCCUAUUUCAACCCCUGGCCCAUCAUCAACGGCCGGAAUAGGGAGCCCCUGACCAUCGUCACCCCGCGGUUGUGAACUGGGGGCGGGGGUCGGGGGGGGGGGCUGUCCUCGCAGAAACACAGGGAUAAACAUUUAUCAGCCAGCCUUAAAAGCACCAUGUAACUUUCCCCUGGCAAUGAUUUUAACAUGAUUUAUAGGAAUCUGGUAUCAUGUUUCAAUUGCACACAUACAAGGCAAUUUCUAGCACCAGAGUCUGGAUCAUUGCUAGAGCAAAACUAGGCAUCUUUUGUGUACUUGAGGACCGCAGAGGAUUUCAGUUUUUUGUUUUAUGGCCAUUUUUAUCCAUGGUUUUAUUGGAAAAAUUGGUACCGCAGAAAACCCUGGUGCGUUCAAUGAUUCAUAGCAAUAAACCACAUCCAGCAUCUGAAGUCAGGGCAGAGACCCUGUGAUCUGAAAGUAAGGACCAUCAGAUCUAGUAUUGACAACAUUUUGGAAGAAAGUGAAGAGCUUCUUUCUAUGACU